CCGACGCGCAAAAAAAAAAGAAAACAUGUCGCAGUUUUCUUAACUUUAAUCUUGGGUUGUUUUUCUCGUAUGCCAAAUUGAUAUAUAUAAUCAGCAAAGCUGGUUGAAUAUACAGAUAGACUUCUGUUUAUUGCUGUAGCCAAAGGUUUAUGUUAGUUGUUAAGACAAGCCAAUCUUGGUCGAUUAGCUUUGUCUGUUUGUACUGAACCAUCAGGGGACGCUGACAACAUGUUAGAAAGUAACUGAAUCCUGCUUGAUUUCUUUACUAUAUUUCACCGGCAAUUGAACACCUUCGUGUCAGGCUGGAGUCAUGCUGUCGCUAAAGGAAAAGGAUAAACCCAUCGUCAAGAAGCUUCUGUCCGCCGGCUGCUGCGCACGCUGUGUCCUAAGGUUCUGCUGUGUGAGUGUUCAGGCUGCCUACCGACGGCCCCAUCAGGAAACGCUUAAAGAACUUCAAGCUUUUAUCAGUGAUACUGAAAACGGCAAACCACAAGAUCCUAAAGCAGUAGAAUCUACUGAAGAAAACAACAAAUCCCAUGAUGCAGCAGGGUCAGAACCACCUGACGACCCACCCAGUAAAAGAGCUAAACUGGAGCCCAUUGUUGCUGGUGCUCCAUCAGAGGAAGAUUCUGCUGCUGGAGUCAGACUGAAGGAUGAAGAGUCCAGUGUGUGUGUGGUGUGUUUGGGGAUCCUACAGGAACUCUGUGGCACGACACAGGCCGUAAAGAUGGCCGAUGCAGUAAAAGCAGAAAAGUACGAGUUCGACACUCUGGUGCUGUCCGUCUCUCUGCCCGCUCAGCUGUGUGUCCGGGAGCACUCCUGUUGGCUUCAUGUGAAGAACCAAUUGAGAGAGAAGAGUGCCGCGGUGGACAAAGAGGACUUCAUCCAGGUGAAAGAGGCCUUCAAGUGGAUCUUACAGGGCCUCGUCUCAAAGGAGUUGGGAGGCAUAGCUGUGGUAACCAGGAGUUUAUUUGAGGUAGGUGUGGAGUUCACUCACCCAGAAACCGACGUCGACUGCCACUUCCUUGCAUCAACAUGUCCGGACUGCUUUAAAGCCACUAAGAACAAACAGUCAGUGUUCACCAGGAUGGCUGUGGUCAAAGCUCUGGAAAAGAUAUCUGAAGCCAAAUUUCUAAAACAUUACCCGUGCCCUCCAGUAAAGCCGACAAGCAGCUGCAGCUCUCAGGACGUCCAGUGUCUCCACGUGUCAAUCUUUGUGGCAGGGAGGUACAACAAGUUUUGCCGCAGUCUGCCUCAGACGCCCUGGUUGAUCGAUGGAGAGAGGAGGAUGGAGUCCUCGGUAGAGGAGCUGAUUGCAGCACCCAUCCUGUCUUCCUUCAGAGCUGACGGAUUUAAUUUUUCCUCAUCUGGUCGGGAAGAUGUGGAUGUCCGGACUCUAGGAAACGGUCGUCCGUUUGCAAUGGAGCUGCUGAAUCCUCACAGAUCCAGACUCAGCAAAGUGGAAAUGAAGCAGCUACAGGAGACCAUAAAUGCGUCUUCAGACAAAAUCCGAGUGAGAGACCUGCAGAUUGUAACCAGGGAGGCCAUGAGUCGCAUGAAGGAGGGAGAGGAGGAGAAAACCAAGUCGUACACGGCACUCAUCUGGACCUUGAAACCCAUCGAGAGAGACGACAUCACCUUCAUCGAUGACAUUAAGGAUCUGACUCUUGACCAGAAGACUCCUCUGAGGGUCUUACAUCGACGGGCACUGGCCGUUCGUCAGAGAGUCAUCCACAGUAUGAACGCCCGCUUCCUGGACUCUCAUCACUUCUACCUGGGCCUGAAGACACAGGCGGGGACUUACAUCAAAGAGUUCGUACACGGAGACUUCGGCCGCACCAAACCCAACCUGUGUGAGCUGCUGAAGACGGACACAGACAUCCUGGAGCUGGAUGUGGAGUCUGUGGAUGUGGAUUGGCCUCCAUCCAUACCUGAGUGAAUGCUGCCCUGUCCUGCACGUCAGAGACUUCAGGUUUGACCUCAGUGGGACUGAACUGGUUCUGACAGCAGUCCAGGACCAGGUCCAGAGUGUCUGAGACUUAAAAGGUGAUGGAUGUAGACAUGGGUUGGAAGAACCUUCUGGCUGCUGGGAAGCCUGCUUUGCCUCAUUGAGUAUCUUCAGUUGUAUCACAUAAAAUGUUUAUGAAUAUAUUUAGUGAUCUUUUUCUGUUUUGAUUAGAAAAAGGGAAAUCAUUUUUGUAACAAGACUGUAGGCCUGUAGCCGUGCCAGUAGACGAAGGAGGCAUCAUCAAACACCAGAUUGUUUUCUGUUCUGUUUCGAUCUUUUGGAUCAAAAUAUAAAAAAUCUUUAGGCCUUUCA